AUGUCCUCAACUAUACGGAUAUUGGACUAUAAGAUAGAAAAUGGAAAAGAGAGAUAUCAGGUUGAAUAUCCUCAUGGUAGAGGGGUGAAGUGGGUGGCACCAUUCGCUAUAGGUGGACAAUACAAGCAGGAUAUGGCUACUGCUAAAAUUAGGUAUCAACAGCAGCAAGAUCAAUCGCAGAAACUGCGGGCCCAACUGGAUGCUCCUGGCUCGGGUCAACCUGGAUCAGCAAUGGAUAGUCUACAUGGAGUUGGCAGUAGUGCUACUGGUGGAGGCCAUACUGGAGCUCUGCCGAAUAGACAACGUCGUCUCACAUUGGCCCAGCAGCAGUUGAAUGCUACGACGGGGGGCGUGGGAGCUGCACGCCUUGGUGCAGCAUUCGGUGUGGGGAACACUGCACAGGUAAAAUGCAUUUGUUUUGGUGGAGCUGGCGUUGGUGAUUCUGAGUUCGUCACAUGUUCCUCGUGUUGUCGCAAAAGUCAUUGCAAAUGUGUGAGAGCGGAUGCUGAUGCUAGGGACUUUGUGUGCCCUUUUUGCAGGAUGCUGAAUAUGGAUCCGUUCGAGGUUGGCAUUGACCUUUUGGGGUUUGUAGCGUCUGCUCGGAAUAUGACAGCACCUAGUGCAGUGGAGUCCACUCUGAGUAUGCGGCUCAACGUGACGAGUAAUCAAAUAAGGGAGUGGCAAGCGAAGAAGUAUAAUGUCGCUGUUCGAUGCGUGGCAGUGGCGAAUAAAAGAAGUCAUGUUACUAAUGGUCCUCUUUGGCCGUUGGAGGUGCGCGCGAGUGUGAAUAACUAUCGUGAUGUUUUCCGGAUCUCCCCUGGGAAGUACGGCCAUGUGCGACGAGAAGUGACGAGCAAAUAUAUUGAUGAUGUUCUCCGUCCUAACAACAAUGUUGUACAUAUUACUUAUAAAACUGGUUAUGAUCCUAAUCAGGGCGCACAGUCUGUUGCCGCACAGCCCCCGAGGUUCUUCUUUGGUGUUGUUGUAACUAAGCCUGUGUCACCUGAGGAGCUCUUAGCGAGUGUUGUGAAACCAUCGUUGGAAGAGUGCCGCAGACAAGACCUGGACAUAGUCAUGCUCGGUCGGAAAAGAGCUCGGGAAUUACAAGAUGACGAUCUCCAAAUUAACACUCGAGAGGUUCACGACAUACUGCAAACUAAAUGCCCGAUAUCGCUAUGCGAAAUAGAGUUGCCGGCUCGCGGAGUUGAUUGUGAACAUUUACAAACCUUCGAUGCGAAGGCGUAUAUAGACAUUAAUAAGCUAACGGCUAACGUGGAUAAACGGUGGCAUUGUCCAAUCUGUUCGAAGCCUUGCUUGCCGAGCCAACUAGUUCUGGACAAGUUCGCUCUGGAGGCUUUGAAGAACGGUCGAGUUUCUGCUGAUACUGCUGCUUCGGAUGAUGAAGAAUGGUUUAACAAACGGAUGAGGCUCGACGGACAGGGUCGAUGGGAAGUUCUACCAGAUGAGGACUUGGAGGGCGAGGAGAGUGAAAGUGAAGAAGAUAAGCCUCCGAGUGACGUCCCGAUGCCGCCGGAAACAGCUCCUUCGACUGAUGGUGUCUCUAACCUAGUAUUAGGGAGUCCUGGUGAGGAUGCUAGUCCUGAUGCUGCUAGUGAUGGGGAGAAUGUCGUGAGUUUAGAUGACUAG